CUGGAUCCAACUUAGUCAACCAACCGGCCGCUGCGCCCGUUCCUGGACACCGCAGUAGUAUAUGAAUCUACAGAUAGGGGAGUCGGCUCUUCAUAUCCGGGGAUGUGUCUCACUCCGGGUGAGGACGCUCUAUACUAAGUCACCCCUGUCUUCAUGUUCACUUAGGCCGUAGCGUUACGCCUUGUCAGUUAUCACUGCUUAUCACCACCAGUGUUACAAGUUGCCGUGACCCGACUCCCACCCGACUACUAGUAGUAUGUGGUACUAGUACUCCUCCAAGCCUUAUGCUACGCGAGGGCUAGAACUCUUCCCACAGUGUCAAGUUUCAAAUCGUUCACAGCUACUAGCAAAAGGUCCCUCCCACACCAGAGUCCAGACAACAUGCCGUUGGACCGACUCUUCCGCUCAAAGCACCUCCUUUACAAAGCUCUAUCCAAUACCGCCGAGGAGAAACACUUCCUUCAGGAUGUGAUGACGCAUGACGCGGCAACCUACGCCCAAAGCACCAGUCGGCUCCUAGUCCCUCCCCGCGCCGAGGACAUUGACAAAGACAUGGCCGGACUUGCCGCCAAUGCCCUCCUGUCGGUCAUCAUAUGUCUUCCUCCUAAGCCGGAAGCUGACACGAAGGAUCCAAAGCCACUGGGGAUAAUCAUUGCGCCCGAGCACCAGGGUAGCGGGUACGGAUCUGAAGCGAUCCGGUGGUCGCUUGAGUGGGCUUUUGGCAUUGCUGGGAUGCAUGCUGUCCGGCUGACGGCGUUUUCCUUUAAUACCAGGGCUGUUAGAUUGUACGAGCGCCUUGGCUUUGUGAGAGAGGGGGUACGGAGGGAGUCCAUCUACUUUGAUCACCAAUGGCACGACCACAUUAUGUUUUCUAUGCUGGAACAUGAAUGGGCUGCUUUGAGAAAAGAGUGA